CUACUUUUUGUGGAGAUUGUUUAAGUUUUUUUGUGUAAUAUAAGUGAACUAGAAAUAUAAACGAUUAAUCAAUAUACAACUUACUAUUGGCCCUAACUGAAAAUGAUGGAAACUGACGACAAAAACGAAGGAGGGCGUGUUACACGUGCACGUGCGCGCAGUCUAUCGGUUGCGGAUAGUGAUAGCCGUCCUUCGACGCCUCUCAUGGAUUUUGCGCCGGAUCGUGUAGGAUCGCCGCGCACAACACGCCGCAACACACGCUUGAACACGGUAGAAGCGGGUACUCCAGCCAAGACUAGACGUUCAUCUUUGGCACGUGGAGAAACUCCUGAGCCAGCUUCACCAAUAUCUGCGAUUAAACGUUCAGCCAAAAAUGAGCGAACGCCUUCUCUGAAGUCGGCACGCAAACUGUUGCAUGAGAAUAUCACCGAAGAAUCUGAAGACCAAGAUAUGGACACUAUUUCCAACGUUGAGUCAAAUGUUAGUAAAUCCGUUGCAAAGCAACCUACUUCAACCCGUAAAUCAACCCGAUCCACUGUGGCUCGUGGAGAAACCCCUGAUCCAUCCACGCCAAUAUCGGCAGUCAAGCGUUCUGCAAAGCAAGAGCGAACGCCAGCUCUAAAAUCAGCACGCAAGCUGUUGCCGGAAGCUAUAAAUGAAGAAAUUGAAGACCAAAAUAUGGAAAUAGAUACCGAGACAAAUGUUGAUGGCUCCAUUACCCAGCAAUCCACCCUGACUGGAAAGAUUACACGGUCCACUGCGACGCGUGGAAAAACACCUGAGCCAUCCACACCAGCCAAAAAUGACCGAAACCUAGACAUAAAAUCUGCAGGCAAUCAGCUACAAAAUGAUAUUAACGAAGAAACGGAGGACCAAAAUAUGGCGUCUUUGACCAACGCUAUGACAAAUGCUGGUGAAUCUGUUGUAAAACAAAACAAACAAGUACAAGAGGAAAUCACCGAUGAAACUGAGAAGCGGACUCAUUCGCCAUUGUCUAAUAUCGGUGGCACCGAAACAAGCGAUCUACCAUCAAAUCAGAAAUCAGAAAACAAGUUAGUAGAAGAGAAUAUAAUCAAACCAAGUGACCAGAUUGUGGGUAUUGAGGCUGAAUCGAAUCAACAAACUCUUAUCCUGACACCUACUGCGGAGGGAUCAGCUAAAACUACACGCUCUUUUAUAGCCGCAGCAAAUGAAGGAUUCAUCGAAAAGAACACUGAUCUUUGUAAUAACUCAAUUCAUGGUAUUACCUAUAUGCCCAAUGAAUUAAAUGCCAGGCGUAUUCUAGCUGGAAAGGAGUCACGUGGGUCGCUUGAUGCUGAAAAGCGUAUGACGCGCUCCUGCUCGAGUUCACCCCGACCGUUAGAGGUAACUAAAUCGCCAAUGCACUUAAAUAGAGAGGCUGAUGCUACAGAAAAAGAAACACCACUCUCUAUUAAUGCUGCUUCUAUUGCAUUAGAGCCAACAACGCCGGAGUUAUCCAAAGAAAAUGUAAAAAUUGAUCCCCUAACGGAACCCAGUGCUAAUUCUAAUAUUAAAAAGGACAUUGAUUCAGAUUUUCAAGCUGUCACUCAAACGAAUUCGCAAACUGAUUUGACAAUCGCUUCCAAUGUGGAUUCAUGUCCGGUUGUGCUGGCACAAGCAGAGACAGAGAAUGUAAACACAGCUCCCGCAUUGAGCAGUAAGUUAGAGUCAAUAAAUGAUGAGCAGGAAAUCUCUCAAAUCAAGAGCAACGAUGUCUUAAAAUUAGUUGGUAUGCAACAAGAAUAUCCGCAUGUUAUUCAAGCCAUUGAUUUGCCCGCUCUUACACCAAACAUUAAGCGGCGCCUAAUUACUGCAGACCAAGAAAUUAAAAAAUCAGUUGAAUUCAAUAAUAAUAUUGCAGCAAACGAUGAACCUAAACCCAAAUAUCCGAAGACACCAAUGCGUAUCAUGACAGCACCAGUUGGAUUGGAUAAUGUACAGCCACAGGUGGAAAGUCCCUAUAAGUAUGUAAAACAACAAGCGCGAACCAGUUCCACGCCCAUACCAAAGACAGACAAGUCGAUCAAUGGGCUGCAACCAGCACCUGCUAAAAUGGAUUCUAUCAAACCAUUGGAAGAUGUCACCACUUCCUUUGCAGAAGAAAGCGUUGCCAACUUGUCGCUGUCGAAGAUCGUGCCACAACGCGCUCUGGCCCAGCGCCUUCUCAGCGACGAUGAAAGUGAUGAGCAUGAAGAUGAGUAUUACGAGUUGGAAAAUGACGAAAAGAAUGAAUUUAUUGAUGAUGAGGCAGAGGAAGUAAAUGACUAUGCAUCUGGCGAUUCAAUGGCAAGCUCCGAGCGCCGUGAGAUUGAAAAUAAUGAAAUACCCGACGAUGGCGAAUCACUGAACAGUCGGGAUACUACCGAAGAUGAUGAAGAGGAGGGUGAGAUUGGAAGCAACAUGUCGUUCAUAGUAUCGGACGAAGAUUCCAUUGAAGAAGUUGAGAUAAGUAGUAGCAAGAAGCGGCGUCGCAUUGUCGUGGAGGAUAGCAGCGAUUCAGAAGUGGAAGUAGUGCACCAAAUUUUAUCCUCGCAGAAGAUCACUCAGCAUUCCUCCAAUUCCAGUAAGUCUGCCGAUGCGAUUCAAUCCUUAAUUGACACCGAUGCAGAAUUCUCAGAGGACGAACAGGAGUUGGAGUCUUCACGCAGAGCCGCUUUGCGUGAGCUGAGCAAAUCAGAUCGCUUUAAUAAAACUGCAUCAGCUUUGGAUGUCAGCCCAACUGAAGAAGAAUCGCCCGAUAAGGCGGCGUCCAAAGAUAAUUUGGAUUCACAGAUGCCUACACUAGUAGUGGACUCUAGCUCCGAAGAGCAAGAAAAUUAUAGAGAUCUGAAGUCCGUGGCAUCAAAAAAUAAAAUGACAGUGAACAAAACGGUCUACUCUAUUCUCGAUACUGAUGACGAAAUCGAGAAAGCAGAUAUCCAGAAUGUCGCCGAGAAAAAUAUUUCCAAGGUGAAGCAGGCAUUGUCUUCUGGCUCUAGUGACUUAGAUUCACAGGAUGUGAAUGUUACUCAGAAGCGUAGAAAAUCAUUGGACGUAAAUAAUGGAAACGAGGGAAACGCUGAUAUACAAAACGAGGAACUAAAGUUAUCCGCGCAGAAAAGAAUGUCUAAGGCUCGGCGCUCAUCCUGCGCACAGUUUACGCCCGAAGAGGAUACUGGAUCGGAAGAUGGCUAUGCCCAAGAAAGCCGGAAAUCUGUCAACGCCAUGGAUGAUAUCGAGGAGGAUGCUGGUGUCCAGAACGAGAGUAUGAAUAAAUCCUCCAUGGAGGUUAAAGAUUUCAGAGCUAAGUCGUUUUCCCCCGAGGAUUAUGAAUCGCAGAAGGCCACUGUCCCGAGACGUACCAAAUCCUUGGGCCCCAGAAUAACUGGAAAGGAAGAAACUGGCAUUCAAAAGGGUGUACUGAGUAAAACAUUUAGCGGUACAAGCUCUAUUGCGCACAAGAAAACGGAAGUGGAAAAUAAUUGUUUUGCCCAGAACGGUGGACCCAGAACCCCCUUUAGUAGCGCCAAGGCUAACAAUUCCAGCACACAAUUCGUAACCUCUUCCUCCGAAGACGAGACAAGUUCCCCGAAAAGCCUUAAUAACGAUGUUAGCAAAGUAACUAAAUCCACUGGGAAAUCCACUGAGGCAUUUCACAAGAAGCAGAAGCACGAUGAUGAGCAGGCGCUCUUGUCCGAGCUACCAACCUGCGACUUAACGCAUCUGCAAAAGUUAUUCAAUCCGCUGCAGAAAUCUCGACGCCAAACACUCUACGUCCAGUCUCCCGAUGAGGUUGCCACCAAACAGCCCAAGUUGAAACGUCGCAGCGAGGUUCUAAAUUCCAACGACUUCAAUCCCUCGCAAUCAUUUAUCGAAACAUUGGCCGAAAAUCAGCGCCAACAAUCUAAACGCAAGCGUUUGUCAAAAAGUUUCUGUGUUGCAGCCGACGAACUAGACAUUGACAAUGACGCCUCUGCUCAGGCACAGCCUGACCAUAAGAAAAUGAAAAAGUCGCACGACGAAGUGGAAUCUGAGAGUGCCAGUGAAGUGGAUGAACCCAUGCAAGAGCAGCAAGAAUCUGCUCAAGGCAUUAGUGGUAGUUUGGCAGCUUCGGCCAAUUCAACCGAGAUAGAUCCCAAAAAGAACAGCAGCUACAUGGACUAUUGUGACGGAAUCAUGCAGCCAACAGAUCACACUCCUGUGCAGAAUCAGGACCAGAAAGCGAAAAUGGAGCCCAACGAAGAGCCGCGUACAAGCAGCUCUAAAGUAACUGAUCAACCGGAUCAACACAAAGCUACACUCACCGAGGACCAACAAGCGCUGGCCACUGCUAUUAGGGAGUCCAUGGAAAUGUCGGCAGCUGCCAGAACUGGCAAAAAUGUGCAUUCAUCCAAAACGCUGUCCAAUACUAAUGAUCCGGUGCAUAAGCAGCCGAAGACUUCACCUAACAAUGAUCAGCAGCCGCUUUCCGAAGCUAUAAAGGAUGCGAUGGCAAAAUCGGCAGCAAUUCGUGCCGGGAAGCACUUGAAACCGCAAGAGAAAGCGCCAUCCAAGCCGCAGCCAAAGAACUGCGACUACUACUUAGACUACUGCGAAUCCGUCCUUCAGGCAGCUAAUCAAGCCAAGUUGAAGCAAAAACGUCAGGAAGUAGCCGCUGGCAAAAAGAAAGGCAAACCCAAAACUCUGCCUGUCGAGGACAACGUUUUGGUGGAACCGAAACAAGCAAACGAAGUGGCGAUGAAAUCAGCAAAACUUAAGAAGGAUGUCAAACGUUUACAAGCAGCCCAGCAGGCCGUCAAGCAGAGCAUUAAAUUGUUAGCGCCCAAGCAUAAUCAGCCGCAAUCGUUGGCACGCAAAUUAUCGCCACAGGUGGAAAUUGUGACAAGGAAAACUGAGAAGCCUAUGAAAGUAAAGAAAACAAAGAAAGCCAAGGAUGUCACACCAUCACCAGUAAAGAACUACUACGAGGACAAAAAUCGCAGUCCCGUAAUCGAGCUGAUCAAAACAUCUGCUGGAAUUGUAACGGUUACGGCCGCAACACCUCAAAAGAAAAAGUUCGUCAAGCACAAGACAGGAUUAAUAUGUGUUGAACCAUGCACACCCACUAACAAGUAUUUCCGUAAGCUCUCGCAAUCGCCUGAGCCAUUUCGACGUCGGGGACAGGUUCCAAGUAAGGUCGAAAAAAAAGUAUAGAUACAAUAGAAAUUAUCCUUUAAUAUACUAUGCCCGAUGCAUUUCAUGUAUAAGAUACAGAUAUGAAUGCAGAUCCAGCUGAGAAGUCGCUCAAUAUACAGUUCGGGAGUACUUAUAUAAGCAAAUCAUUGUUCUGCACUCACAGUUAUCCAGUUUCCUAAUUUUUUAAUUAUUAAUUUUUGUUUGGUAUUUCAUUUCUAGUUUUACAUUAUAAAUUUAGCAGUUUCAUUAUUAUUUUUUCAAAUUAUUGUAUUUCCCAAAAAUUAUGUUACCAACUAUAACAGCGUGCCGCUGAUAUUUCUUAAUUAAUUUUUGUUCUAUUGCCUGUUAAAUAAAUUUUUUCAAUUCAAAA